AUGCAUCAUCUUCCCUCUCUCUUGACGUGCAUCACGACCCCGGCGUCCCGCUGUCUCCCAGGAAAGGUUCUUCAGCUUUUCCCGUGUUGCAUCCGUGGAUCGGGUCUGUUCUCCCGCGAAGCUCAGAACCUUCCUUUUCUUCAAAUCCUCCGUGGCCUCCGCUGCGCUGUCAUAAGUUACGGUCCCGUCACUGAGGAAGACACGGAGUUUAGCUGGUGCGGGGGUCUGGAAGCGAAUUCCUUUUUCUUUAAGGACUUUCCUGAUGGGGGCCCUCCAAAUUUAGUGACUGCUGAGGAGCCAGCAUGUGUACCUGGAUUUCAGUCAGAUCAUCUCACUUUCAGUGUGACGAGAAACUACCUGACACGAGGCACGGUACUGGGCAAAGUGGGCUUCACUGACUGCACAGAUCGCACAAGAUUUCUGUUCGACACCUCUGACAAACGUUUUGUAGUAAAGACCGAUGGUGUACUGAUGGUAAAGAGACCAGUUUUUCUUCAUGAAGGACACCAUGACUUCUUCAUCCACUCCUGGGACUCACAAGGCCGCAAACUGACCAUUCCUGUCAGUGUGAGCAUGAAUGCAGCUGAUGCUCAGGUGCCUGUUCUGCAGUUUCCCGAGCCUGGUGAAGGACUGAGGAGGAGGAAGAGAGAAUGGGUUAUUCCUCCAUUAAGUUUUCCUGAGAAUCGGAGAGGAACCUAUCCCUUAAAAGUAUUCCGCCGUCCUUGCCAGGAAUCAAGGCAAGUACGGUAUUACAGCAUCACUGGUCCUGGAGCUGAUCUGCCUCCUAUUGGUCGUUUCACCAUGGACAGACAUACUGGCUGUCUGUAUGUAACACAGCCACUCGACAGAGAGGAAACAGCUCAUUACACGUUUGAAGUACAUACUGUGAGUGAUGGAGUGGGACAAGCUGAGGAUCCCAUGGAGAUUAUAGUCAAUGUGAUCGACCAGAACGACAACAAACCUUAUUUUACAGGGGAGUACAACGCAAAUGUUGCUGAGGCCACGGCCAUCGGGACUGAGGUGGUUAGGGUUGAGGCCAAAGAUGAUGAUGAGCCAGAUAAUCUCAACUCAGAUCUCCGCUAUCAUAUUCUGAACCAGGACCCACCGCUGCCCACUGACAACAUGUUUGAAAUCAACCCAGUUACUGGAAGCAUCAGAGUCACUGGUAGAGGAUUAGACAGAGAGAAAUAUCCACAGUACACUCUGACAGUACAAGCAGCAGAUAUGGCGGGAGAAGGGUUAACUGGACAAACAAAAGUCAUCCUCACGGUGACGGACAGCAAUGACAACGCUCCAGUCUUCACUCAGAGCUUAUAUACUGCAAUAGUUGAUGAAAACAAAAAGGAUGUUGAGGUGGUUAGGAUGAUAGUAACAGAUGAGGAUGAACCACAAACUCCAGCCUGGAACGCCAAGUUCAAGAUCGUCAGUGGUGAUCCUGAUGGACUUUUCACAGUAAAAACAGGAACUAACAAACAGGAAGGAAUCCUUUCUACUGCAAAGGAGCUGGACUUUGAGAGGGCCAGCAAGCUCACUCUGUUGGUUUCAGUGGAGAAUGAGAUUCCUUUUGCUGGUGUUUCUGUGGUGAAUGUGAAGGAUGUGAAUGAAGCUCCAAUAUUUGAUCCAAAGGAGAAGCUUGUGGUAAAACCAGAGGACCUUGCUGUGGAUGAAGUCGUGGUGCAGUACACUGCUUCAGACCCAGACACUGCACGCAAGCAGACAGUCUCGUACAAAAUAUUGACUGACCCUGCAGGCUGGCUGAACGUGGACAAGGACACAGGCCUUAUUAAAGUGAGAAGACUCAUGGACAGAGAGGCUACCUUCGUCACAAACAACAGAUACACUGCAACCAUUGGUGCAUAUGAUAAUGAUGCUGUCCCAGCUACAGGAACUGGUACCCUGAUCAUUCAGCUGGAAGAUGUCAAUGACAAUGCUCCUGUCGUUGAGCUGCGUGACAUUCAGGUGUGCAACAAGGAUCCAGCUCCUCAGCUGCUGUCAGUAACAGAUAAAGAUGGACCAGAAUUUGGACCUCCCUACUCAGUGUCUUUACAGGGCAUGUCAAAGACCAGCUGGACCGCUAGGAUGAAUGACUCCAGAACAGGCAUCAUCUUGAAUUUGGCCACUGAGCUGCCCAGUGGAGAGUACAGUGUUAUACUGAGAGUGGGAGACAAACAUGGCUUGGAGCAGGACAGCAUCAUCACAGCUAAAGUGUGUGACUGUAGGGGCGCAGAACCGACAUGCUUAGGCCGUACUGUAGGUGGCAGCAACCUGCCCCUUAUCCUCGGAAUACUUGGAGCCAUCCUGCUGCUCGCGCUGUUGUUGCUAGUGCUGCUGUUUGCAAAACAGAGAAAAGAGGAGCCACUCCUGCUGGAUGAUGGUGUCAGAGACAACGUCUAUUACUAUGAUGAAGAAGGAGGCGGCGAGGACGAUCAGCCUGAAGACUAA